GCCGAAUGUGCGGCGGUGAAUCCGCGGGUCUAUAAACAGCGGCCCGUGGUGGCGGCGGGCUCGUCCAGGCGGUGUCAUGGCGGCGGGAGGGCUGGCGGGGCUCCUGCCCGCCCAGACACAGCUGGAGUACGCCCUGCUCGACGCUGACACUCCCCAGGAGAAGGAGAACUUGGUCUACCAAUACUUGAAGAAGAUGGACAGCCGGGAGCGGGACCUCACGGUGCCCGAGCUCGGCGGAGACCUGGAGUGGCUGAACACUGAAGGUCCUAUUUCUCUUCACAAAGACCUUUGUGGAAAAGUUGUGGUGUUGGAUUUCUUUACUUACUGCUGCAUCAAUUGCUUGCACCUCCUGCCUGAUCUCCACGCAUUAGAGCACCAGUACUCUGAUAAAGAUGGUCUUAUUAUUGUUGGUGUCCAUUCAGCAAAAUUCCCAAAUGAAAAAGUUCUGGAUAACAUUAAAAGUGCUGUUCUGAGAUAUAAUAUUGUCCACCCUGUAGUAAAUGAUGCAGAUGCAACUCUGUGGCAUGAACUGGAAGUGUCCUGCUGGCCAACUCUGGUCAUUCUUGGGCCUCGAGGAAAUAUGCUCUUUUCUCUUGUUGGAGAGGGACACAGAGAGAAGUUGUUUUUAUUUACUUCUAUAACAUUGAAAUUCUACAAGGAGAGAGGACAAAUCAAAGAUAAGAAAAUUGGAAUAAAGCUAUACAGAGACUCCCUCCCACCUUCUCCCCUGCUUUUUCCUGGCAAAGUGGCUGUAGAUAAGUCAGGAGAAAAGCUGGUCAUAGCAGACACUGGACAUCAUAGGAUUUUGGUUACUCGAAAAAAUGGACAAAUCCUACACAUUAUUGGAGGUCCAAACAGUGGAAGGAGAGAUGGAAGAUUUUCAGAGGCAGCUUUCAACUCGCCACAAGGGAUUGCUAUUAAAAAUAAUGUUAUUUAUGUAGCUGAUACAGAAAAUCACCUAAUUAGGAAGAUUGACUUGGAAUUAGAGGUGGUGACCACUGUAGCAGGGAUUGGAUUACAAGGUGUUGAUAAGGAGGGUGGAGCACAAGGAGAAGAACAGCCCAUCAGCUCACCGUGGGAUGUGGUCUUUGGAAAUUCAAUUUCAGGGAGCCAAGAAGAUGAUGUUUUAUGGAUAGCAAUGGCAGGAACUCAUCAGAUUUGGGCACUGAUGUUGGAAGGUGGAAAGCUACCAAAGGGAAGUGAUUUAAAGAAAGGAGUCUGCCUUCGUUUUGCUGGGAGUGGAAAUGAGGAGAACAGAAACAAUGCAUACCCACAUAAGGCAGGCUUUGCACAGCCUUCAGGCCUCUCACUGGCUUCUGAGGAACCAUGGAAUUGCCUUUUUGUAGCAGAUAGCGAGAGCAGCACCGUGCGAACCAUCUCUCUGAAAGACGGAGUAGUGAAGCACCUUGUAGGAGGAGAGAGAGAUCCAUUGAAUUUGUUUGCCUUUGGUGAUGUGGAUGGAGCAGGCAUAAAUGCAAAGCUGCAGCAUCCCUUAGGGGUAGCAUGGGACAAGAAAAGAAAACUGCUGUAUGUGGCAGAUUCCUAUAAUCAUAAGAUUAAGGUUGUAGAUCCCAAGAUGAAGAACUGUGCUACCCUGGCAGGUACAGGAGAAGCAAGCAAUGUUAUUGGUUCCAGCUUUACACAGUCAACUUUUAAUGAACCAGGAGGUUUGUGUGUUGAAGAAAACGGCCACUUGAUGUAUGUUGCAGACACAAAUAAUCAUCAGAUUAAAGUGCUGGAUUUGGAAACAAAAAUUCUUUCCAUGUUGCCUAUCCUGAGUCCAGAAGCAUGUGAUGUUCCAGAUAACCUCCCAGUGCAAAAGGAUAAAGUGACAAACCUUCCAAAACUGCCUAAAUCUGCACCAAAUAUUCAACUUCCUUCACUUACUGUAGCUCCUGGCCAGACAAUUCAAUUUUUCUUAAAGUUGACUCUUCCUCCGGAUUCAAAAUUAAAUGAAGAAGCUCCCAGUUCCUGGUUUGUCACAGCAGAAGACAAUACCUGGUUGCUUCAAGGACAGUGUCUUUCUGGACAAAUAAAGGAUGUUUCCCAUCAAACAAUCAUUCCUUUUCAGUUGCCCAGGAGCUGUCUGUCAGCUGAAGCUAUCCUGGCUAUCAAAGCAUGCCUCUACUAUUGCAGCAAAGGUAGCAGUGCCUGUCUGAUGAAAGGAAUCUCUUUCAAUCAGCCUUUACACAUAGCAAGUACAAACCAAGGCAACUUGACUCAAGUUGAACUGAUACACACAUUUUUAAAUAACUAAUCCAAAGCUGGCCAGUUUUAUACUUUAUUAUCCACUGCUUCUGUAGGAGAAAAUAACGAUAGAUAACAUUUCUCAGUUUUUCAUUUUCCUGGAGCUUAUGGCAAAGCUGAGAAAUUAUAUAUGUGGUAAGGUUAAGUAAUUCUCUGCAACUUGAUGGGGAAAUUUAUCAUCACAACCUCAUUUCUAUUAAUUACAGUAGCAUUAAUAAUAUUGUAAUACUCUGGACUCUGUUGCCAGUUUUAAAUAUAUUGGAUGUAUGCCAUUCCAAGCAUUGAGCAACAAUUCUGAGUCCUUUUGAAAGAGCUGGUGUUACUUUGUGAUGUUACUGUAAGAGGUUCUUUGCACUGUAUAUACUAUACUGAUAACUUUGAAGUAAAAGUUACAAAAUCCUUUUGUGCACUUAUUAAAUUUUAAUGGAAUGUCAAAAUGAAUACGUUCUUUCUCCAGGCUAUGAAAGAUUAUCUAUCUUGCUUAUUUUUCUGUAAUGGCAUUUAUGACACAUGUAUUUCAAAAAUACAUCUUAAACUAGGUGCAGCUCUGAUUUUAUACAAAGUGAGUGUUUUGCUUAUCCAGAUAUGACUGCCUUAUAUGAAGAGCUCAGUUUCAUGGAAAAAUUUCUGUGAAAGGAAGUGUUCAAGUUCCUACAAAAGAAUUUCAUGAUAUUUCCAACAAAGAAUGUGCCUCUCUAGUGUAUGUAUAGAAAGAAAAAAAAAAAAAAGAAGCACAAAACCAUGCUGGAGCUUUUUCUUAUACAUAUGAAUUUACAUUUUGCAGUAAGUGAUAGAUAAUGGUUGAAUAUCUAAACUGCAAAAAUUAGAUGUCACCCAUUCCAAGCACAAUGGUUCACUUUCCUUUCCUACUUUUAUGAUUUCUCUAUAAAGACUUGUCUGCAGGCUUCUGUCUUGCAAAUAAGUAAUACUAAGAAGAAUAUUAUCUUCUUGAAGCCUGAGAGUCUUCUGAAGUCAUUGUUAGUCCCCCAAUUUGUAAUAGUGGCCACUGAUCCUGAAAUAUAUAUUUAAUAAUGGGUUAUUUGCAUUCAUGUUUAGAGGUUCUGAGCUUUUGCUAGAAAACUUGUAACCUAAUCUUGGUGCUUUAAAACUGUAUUACAGAACUCUGCCUUUGGUGGUGAAGUGUUUUGCAAGUAAAAUUCCUUCAGCUUCCAUAGUAAAAACAAAGAACAGGGAGGAUUUUUAUUUGAAAUGGAGCUUCCACAGUGCUUGGGUGGUAAUUGGAUUAGGCUCUGUGGUCUGGUCAUGAGGAUCAGUUCUGAGAAGAUGGUUUUGCUUUAUGUUUGAAGGUAGUAUUUUCACAUGUAUAAUAAAGUACAGUGGUGAAAUAAUUUUUAUACAGUCUUUUCUAAAAUACUCACCAUUGUUCCUGACAACUGUCAGUAAAUCUCCAGUAUAAUUUGUUAUUGCUCUUUCUUACUUAAAGGCUGAGUGAAAUGUUGGUCAUGAGACUGAGAGGCUUUUGUUUUAAGGGAACCACAUGGACUGGUUUGGUUUCUCCUUCCAUUGAAAUGAAAUGUCAGUCUAUCUGCAAGUUCUCUGUAGUACCAGAAAUGGUUAUUAUCUCACCUGUCAGCAAGGCAAGGGCUGAACUAUUAUUUUUCUUGUGUUUACUUUUUGAGCAACUUUUCUAUAGUUCAGUGUUUCAGCUCUUUUGGGUAAGCCUUUCAAUUCUCACGUCAUUUUGAAGAAAGAGGAAGCUUUACUGCUUUGUUCACAGAUGGCAAAUGCUAUUGGAAGGAUGAAGGUAAAGAAAAUGAUAUGGGCAUUUAUCAUUUUUUACACUAAAGUACAGCUCACUCCUUUAGAAUUCUUUGUUUUUUUUAACUUUGGAUGGUAGCCAGGAAACCUCAGAUCAGCUUCCAGCUAGCCCACAAAUUUUCUGUUGCUUCCUGAAAAAAAACAAGCAUUAGUUUCAGAAGUUUGGAAUAACCAACUAAACUGUUACUGUUAUCUUGAACAUAAAAUACAGGAGAUGGAUUUUUUUCCUCUCAUUUUCAACUAGAAUGACAUUAUAUUUCUCUAUUUCAGUUAGAUGGGAUCAUCAAAUUCUGUAUUCUAGUCUUAAAAAAAACCACAAACAAACAAAGAAUAAUCAACAAAUUUAUAUUCUUAUUGACUCUUCUUAAUUAGUGUAAAGACUGUAUUCUUAACUUUAUUUAACUAUAGUGUGUAAUAUUCCAAUAUAAUAUUGGAAAUGUUUUCUAUCUAAAUAUAUAUAUUUAUGUCAUACCCUUUUUGCUUUCAACUUCAGUCACUGUAUGUAGACACACUCAGGACCACUGUAAAAGCUUAUUGGGAAAGGUGCUAGUAAAUAGUAGGAAAACUGUUGCAUAAGCAUCAAAAUGAAGUCUGGGAUCAAACUGUACAGGACCUUUAAAUAUUUAAUGUAGCCAAAUUUUAAGCAAUUGUUUUUAAAGGGAACAGUUUCAGCCUUACUAGUGGGGAGGAGGAAUAUAUCUUUUUGAACCAGUUUUUUCUUUAUGUUUUCUUAGCAUCCAUUCCUUGCAGCAGAUGCCUGAAUCUUAUAUAAACUAGGGGAGUGGGGGAUGGUGUGCUCUAUCUGUGCUACUAAUACUCUUUCUACAAAGCCUCAGAGCAUGGCUUGGCACUGCACUGUAAUGGCUUUAUGUUAAAGGAAGGCAGAAGGUGUGCUGCCAUCUCAAAGACACACAAGCCACUAUUUACAAAGAAAAGCUAUAUAUACCAAAAUGCUUUCCCCUUGCAUCCAGUUCUAAGCCAUUUCAGGCAAUAACCCUUUUAGUUUGCAAAGGAGAGUUGCUUUUCCUAACUCACCUCAGUGGGCUUCACACAGAGACACUGCUCUAAUCAUUCUCCUUCAUCAUCUUAGGAGCAGCUGAUUCUCAGUGUGCUCCAGUUCUUGCUGGUGAAGUUACUGGGGUUCUGCUUCUUGCUCACACUGGGAUUGGCCUUUAACCAUAUUUCUGUGUUUGGUUUGUCCGAGGAACAACAUGUACGUUUCCACAGUCACUCCUUCUGCUUCACCUUUGGUGUACAGACAUUUGAAUGUUCUAUAAUUAGAAAAAAUAGUUUUUAAAAGCUUGUGGAAAUGGGAUACUGUUUCCAUUGCUUCCUCCAGGGUUCACAAGAUGCUCUUACAGUAAAGCAGAAAGUGCCAUAAAUGUAAUGAGACAGGCAUACAGAAUAACAUGUACAAGCUACAGUAAUUUAUUUCAGUUAAGCACCAGAAAACAUCUUCAAAAUAUGAUUUACAAAAAUAGAAAAUAAUACUCUUCUGUCUAAAUACUGAAAAAUCAGAUAUAUUGAUUUCUAGUAUCUCUUCGUAUGAUAAUUUAGUUUAUUAGUGUUUCCUGAUACAAAAAUUCUAAGCAGUUUGGUAUGGUUCAUCACUCCCAGAUUUGUAUCUUCCAGUAAAAGAAUAAUUCAAGGUCUUUUGAACACAUACCUUUCUACAGACUUGAAUAGGGUUUGCAUCAGAUCUUAAUAAAGUAAUAAAUUACUGUAGCAAAUUUGUAAAGAAUAUUGGUCGUGGUUAUAUAAUGAAAGCAAGUUCAGUGGCAUUUGCAGUUUUUGGUUGUAAUGUUUGCUUUUCUGGAAUAGCUUUAGUUUUGAAUGGAAAUAUUAAUAGUUCUAUGAGAUGUUUUUAGAAAUUUUAUUUAAUUACAGUACAAUAUUUUUCAUUAGAUGAGA